UCGUACGCUGAUUCUUUUUAUCAAUAAUCCAUUACGUCUUAUUUGAAAACAAAUUAUGCUAGAUGAGAUAGAUCGAGUUCCCUAUACUCUGUCUCUCUCGAUAUGAAACGUCAUUCAUGACUAUAGAAAAGUGCAUGCGAAAUGCGAAUACUUGUCCCAUUCCAUGCAUACAUUUUACUGGUUGUCGAGCAAGAUUUUCAUGGGAGGUUAAUUAGCAGAAUGCAGAUUUGUUCGUAGAAAAUGAAUCAGUUUUUUCUCGACAAGCGGAUCGACUGUUACUGUCACUUGAUCUGAAAUAGCGGGGCAGUUUAUCAAGCUAUGCAUUUUUUUGUUGAGAACUUGACAACGGAUUUAACCUCACGACCCGAGUGCGUCUUUGAAAAUUUAAUUGUGGUUACCUGUAAUCUCCAUAUGGUCGCUGUCCCUGUUGACAGUACGAGGUGCUUGUGAUCGUUGUAAAAUUUAUCUCUGAUCUCGUCGUGACACGAUGGUGCCGCAUUUGCAGAUUUUAUCGAAUAUUCUGCAGCGACUGGAAAAUAUAGAAAAUGCAGCAACUGGUUACGUUUACGGUAUUAUGUACAAUGGUACGCUCGUAGUCCUAACGUUCAGUAUAAACUCGUGUGAAACCGACGAGAGUGAGGAUGAUAAGGAGAAGAGCAUAACUGAUUACACGACACUGCAACUAAAUUUACCCGCAGACAUUUAUCUCUGCGGUAUAUUGCACAUUGGUGAAUGCAAAGAUGUAAAUCUUGAUGUCUUCAAGGAUAUCGAUAUCACAGAUAAUCCAUUACUUUUGAAGUAUUCACGCAAUACGUCGGAUCUGCAAGCCUACUUUUACAUGCACCAGAAACUGGAAGCUGUCAAUAAUCUCAGUAUUAUUAGCGAAGAUGAUAUUUCUCAGCAAUUUGUGUACGUCAGAUUACAAGCGACUCUCCCGCUGAUUGCCCAAGAUGGAAACAUGCUGGAAGCAUUGCAGGAGUCGCGAAAAAAUAUCGCAUCCGGCAAGAUAGGAAUACAUUUUCCUCUGAACGAUACGUACCUCUUCAGAACUGAUGAUAACUCCAAACAGACGCCGAUAAAAGAUCUUGUGUCUGCGUCGAAAGACGAGAAAUCUUCAGAUCGGUUAAACAGUACCAAUACCAACACUGUAGAUGUUAUAGACGCUAACAUGCUACUGAAGAUAUCGGGUGAGAAAAAUUCGGAGGAAGCUAUCAAAUAUGCGCCUGUCUUGCAGCAUAUCAAAAGAACCUUCGAGAGCCUAGAAUGCAAUCUACGCAUCGACGCGCUGUCGCUGGUGAGCUUGAACGUGAGCUCGGCAGAGUUGCACGCGAUUCUGGUGGAAUCCGUUUGCCGGAACAUUCGAUUGAUCGAGAUGCAACAGGAAAAUCAGUCGGAGAACGUGCAGCCGUCCAUGAAAUCGCCCGAGGUCAUGCACUUCAAGCCUCAAGACUGUGGGCACUUGUUGACCAUAGUCUAUCCCGGCAAUUCCAGUAGCACCGACACAGUGGAAUAUCGUAAGGCUUUGCACAAGGCGCUAGCGCUCGAUUCGACCAGGCCGUACUUUCGACGUGGAAAUGCAGUCAAGUUUAACGCGCAGCCGAAUGAGAUACUUGUGAACCCGCACCAGGCAAUUUUGCAUAAAGGUGUCGCGGGAAAAGUCAGUGUCGCGUACGGCUUGUAUACGUAUCAUCACUAUAUGCAAGAUAAUGUUGAUGAUAACGGAUGGGGAUGCGCCUACAGGUCUCUUCAAACGAUCGUUUCGUGGUACAGAUUACAGGGCUAUACUGAGGUACCAAUACCCUCUCAUCGUGAAGUACAGCAAUGCCUGUACGAUAUAGGCGAUAAGCCUUCAAGCUUUGUUGGCAGUAGACAGUGGAUCGGUUCGACCGAAGUAAGUUUCGUGCUUCAGUCCACUCUCAACAUAGACACGAAAGUACUUUGUGCAUCGAGCGGGGACGAGAUGUCGGCCUUAUUUCCGCAGCUCGCUAAUCAUUUCGAUACGCAAGGCACGCCUAUCAUGAUCGGUGGAGGCGUAUUAGCUCAUACAAUCCUAGGCGUAAGUUACGACGAGCAAUCCGGAGAGGGAAAAUUCUUGAUUUUGGAUCCGCACUACGCGGGAGCGGAACAUUUACCCACCGUGGUAAACAAGGGGUGGUGCGGAUGGAAGACGAAAGACUUUUGGAAAAAGGAUGCAUUUUAUAACAUGUGCCUUCCGCAGAGACCUAUAACCUUCUGAUACUGAAAAUGCCACAUUGUACAUAACUAAAUUUUUCAAAUGUAAUUAAAGCGAAAUUUUUUUCUGAAUAUUUAAUUACACACACCUGUGUAUAGUACAUGAUUCUCACAAUAUAUUGUAGCAUUGCAAUA